AUUGUUUUAUGUGCUGCAGAUGGUUUUUCAUCUAAGGCAGAGGACAGAUUAUUUCGGAGGUUGUUCCGCAGGUACAACCAGUUCAUCCGACCAGUGGAGAAUGUAUCUGAUCCAGUCACAGUGGAGUUCGAGGUGUCCAUAUCUCAACUAGUCAAAGUGGAUGAGGUCAAUCAAAUUAUGGAAACCAAUCUGUGGCUGAGACAUGUCUGGAAUGACUACAAACUGAGAUGGACUCCUGUUGAAUACGAUGGCAUUGAGUUCAUACGAGUUCCAUCUAAUAAGAUUUGGAGGCCAGACAUUGUUUUGUACAACAAUGCUGUAGGUGAUUUCUUAGUGGAAGACAAGACCAAGGCUCUGUUGAAGUUUGAUGGCACCAUCACCUGGGUUCCUCCAGCUAUUUUUAAAUCCUCCUGCCCGAUGGACAUCACCUAUUUCCCCUUUGACUACCAAAACUGCUCCAUGAAGUUUGGUUCCUGGACCUAUGACAAGGCCAAGAUUGACCUGGUGCUCAUUGGCUCAAAGGUGAACCUGAAGGACUUCUGGGAAAGUGGAGAGUGGGAGAUCAUUGAUGCACCAGGUUACAAGCACGAUAUCAAGUAUAACUGCUGUGAGGAGAUCUACCCGGACAUCACCUACUCCUUCUACAUCCGUCGCCUGCCACUCUUCUACACCAUUAACCUCAUCAUCCCCUGCCUCCUCAUCUCCUUCCUCACAGUGUUGGUCUUCUAUCUUCCAUCUGACUGUGGGGAGAAGGUCACUCUGUGUAUCUCUGUCCUUCUCUCCCUCACUGUGUUCUUGCUGGUCAUCACUGAGACUAUCCCUUCAACGUCACUUGUCAUCCCUCUGAUUGGCGAGUACCUCCUCUUUACCAUGAUUUUUGUCACGCUCAGUAUUGUCAUCACUGUCUUUGUGCUGAAUGUCCACUACCGCACCCCCAUGACUCACACAAUGCCAGAGUGGGUGAGGGCAGUGUUCCUUGGGGUGCUACCCAGGGUGAUGUUGAUGAGGCGGCCUAUCGACCAGGGCUGCUCCUCUUCUGCCAGUAUCACAGGAGGCACAGGAGGAGCAGGAGGAGGGAGCAGUGGAGGGAACAAGAAGAGAAAGAACAGUCUCGGGGCAGGAAGUGGAACUGGAAGCGUAAGCGUUGGAGGUAUCACUGGGGGUGUACCGUGUCCAGCGCUGGAUGGUGGCACAGGGGGAGGAGGAGCCACCUCAGCUGGUGGCUCCAUGAACUGUGUGGAGUAUGGUGAAAUGAACCGUGAAAUGAACCGGGAUAUGAACAGAAGGUGCCCCUACAGAGGCAAGGAGGUACCGACUCCUGUCCCUCCCCCAAUUGUGCCCCCUCCUCCCCAGGCACCCCAGACCCAGGGGCCACAGGAGUCAGAGUUGCCCAAAGUACCUAGGCCCCUAAGUGCCCCAUCACCGGUGAAUGCUGUGGUUGCCUUCUCCGUGGUGUCACCAGAGAUCAAACAGGCCAUCGAGAGCGUGAAAUAUAUCGCUGAGAACAUGAGGACUCGCAACAAAGCCAAAGAGGUGGAGGAUGACUGGAAGUACGUCGCCAUGGUCAUAGAUAGGAUCUUCCUAUGGGUUUUUGUGACAGUGUGUGUGCUGGGAACUCUGGGACUCUUCCUUCAGCCAGUCAUCAACUUCUUAAAAUGA